GCUAGCUAGCUCGUUGGAUGCACUGAAGUGAUGUUAUGCUAGCUAUUUGCUAACUAUCUGGAUUUCAGGGAAACAGAAAAAAAACAUAACAUCGUUUUUGGAAUGCUUAACCAGCCUUGAGUCGAUACACCCUAUGUUUGGUGUAAUUACCCUCCGGUCCGUCAUGAAGUUGACCGGGCACACAGUUGUCGGAUGAUUCUCCUGAAUUAGUAGCUAAAGGGCCUUGAGUCCGCGGUGCUCGGGUGAAGGACAGCCGGGGAUCAGCGCCUACUGAGAGCGGGAGCUUUGAGCAACAAGCCAACUAGUAAUACGAGGUUUUACUUAUUAUAACUGUACCACAACCUCUCCUCAUCAUGUCACACACCGGACCCCCUCCUCGAUGGCGGAAUUGUCCCAGAAGAGGACAACCUGUGGCAGGUAAAUUCCUGCCAAUGAAAACGAUGUUGGGUCCCAGAUACGAUGACCAAGUCCCAGAGGAGAACAGAUUCCACCCGGGCAUGCUGUCCAACUUUUUAAAAAGUCUAAAAGUGAAAAUGGGUUUGCUUGUGGAUUUGACGAACACUACGCGUUUUUAUGACCGCAACGACAUUGAAAAAGAAGGCAUCAAAUAUAUGAAGCUUCCGUGUCGAGGCCAUGGAGAAUCCCCUUCGACAGAGACUACUACAUCUUUCAUCAAUAUCUGUGAACGCUUCAUCGAGAAGAAUCCUACCGAGAUAAUAGGUAAGUAAACAAAUCUAUAACUCAUUAUUUGUUCUCGCACACGAUUUGUAUUUUCUUCAAUAGUCAUAGAUAUGACAUUGUAGCAUCAAAUCGAUGUUUAGCAUAUGUAUAAAUGCGAGUUUUCUGUCAGAUUUCAAAAAUAAAAGCAGAAGUUUUCAUUUCUUUGAGCCAUUUCUUAGCUCUUUUAACCUUUUAAUUAGCAGUCAAUUUAGUAGUAUUAAGGUUAGUAGUAGAAAGUAUAUUUGAUUAUAUACAGUAUUUGGUUCCCUCUCUGACUCAUAUAGUGACAUUCUGCCUUCUUUCAUUGAACGAUUGAUUAAAUGAUUGCAUUAGUUUUCCAUGUUGUUUAUGUCAAAGCCUCUUUGCAUGUCUCUGGUUUUUUUAACCUAUAUCAAUGUGACUGAAAUCCAUGA